AAAGGUGAAAAGUAAAUUUGCUAGCGAAAGGAACAUUUUCCUAAGGGGCCCGCGUAUUUUUGCAUACAUAUAUACAACAUAGCACAGUAAGCACGAAACAAUAUUUGUUAUACGUGUGGUUGAUACGCGCAGCGUAUGUAUUCCCAGCCCAUCUGGUUCCCUAUUGCUGUUUAGCAUAUUCACUUCGUAUUUUGCGAGCCGCGAAACGAACCAAGUAGGAUCCCUGCAAAGUUAUCCCCCAUUCGUACAGUGUACCAAGCAGAGGUGAAAGAAUAAAAAAAAAAAAAAAAAAAGAGAGAAUAUCAAAAAUGGGAGCGUACAAGUAUAUUCAAGAAAUAUGGAAGAAGAAGCAGUCGGAUGCGAUGCAUUUCUUGCUCCGAGUUAGAACUUGGGAGUACAGGCAACUACCAGUAGUGCACCGAGUGUCGAGACCGAGCAGGCCCGACAAAGCCAGACGACUAGGCUAUAAGGCCCUGCAAGGAUUCGUCAUCUACAGAGUGCGUGUCAGAAGAGGAGAUAGAAAAAAGAGAGUGAGAAAAGGUGUUGUGCACGGAAAGCCAAAACAUCAAGGUGUACAUAAACAAAAGUCCACAAGAAACUUAAAAAGUGUUGCAGAAGGAAAAGUAGGAAAAAGUAUCUGUGGGAACCUAAGGGUUCUAAAUAGCUACUGGGUAGGACAGGAUGCUGUGUACAAAUAUUACGAGGUUAUUUUGGUCGAUCCUAUGCAUAAUGCUGUGCGAAAUAAUCCAAAGAUUAAUUGGAUUUGUAACGCUGUACAUAAGCAUAGAGAACUGAGAGGACUGACGUCGGCCGGUAAGAAAUACAGAGGACUCCGUGUUAAGGGACACUUAUCCGCCAAGAGCAGACCAUCCAUCAGGGCUAACUGGAAGAGAAGGCAAUUAAUUAAGUUGCGAAAAUGUAGAUGAACGGGGGGUGAGUAGGUAUUGUGUGAGGCGUAAACAGGGGUAAGGGAAGCAGCCAGGAAAGGAAUGAAACUGAAACGAGAACCAUCCGAAAGGUAUCCUGGACAGACGCGUGGCGAAAAUGCCAAUGGGCAUGGAAAG